AUGGUGAAUAUUAGCGAAAACGGUAGUCUGACACAUCUACCAGGUGAGAAAUCAGUGUCUUUCCACGUCAGUGUAUGGAUGUUAUCCCUUCUGGGAAUUAUCGGCAACACUCUAGUUGUCAUCUGGCGUUGUUCUCGGCGGAAAGCCUCGCGCUUUCAUCUCGUGUCUCUCUUGAUUGUUAAUCUCGCAUUUUCGGACAUCCUAUUUUGCACUCAGUUUGUGCUGCGAGAGGUGAUGCUCGCCCGCGUUAUCUUUCAUCGCCGCGACAACGUCAGUUACCCAUUUACCGAAACAGAUUCCACGAUGUGUAUUACAAGUUUUUUUCUCGUGUGUCUCUCUUGCAACUGCAUCGUCCUAACGACUGUAGCAAUCGCGCUGCACACGUUCUUGUCCGUUGACGAAAGGCGUUGGACGAAACCGAUAGUUGUGUCGGUCGUGGCUGCAGGUUGGAUAUUUUCGUUGAUCUUGUCGGGUGUGGCUAGUCAAUACUUGGCUAGAGAAAUGAACGUUUACUACUCAGUAGCAGACAAAUCUGCGGAAACUUUUUCUUUGAUUGUCAUCUUUGGAUGUCUUGGGGACAAUGUAAGGAUUUUCCCGGUCAUCAUUACUCUCUUGACUGUGAUAUCUUCUAUGAUAUGCUGCUUUCUAUACAUCGGAUUCUGCAUUAAUUUUCGGCGAUUAAGCAACAGAUUGGGAGGUAAUAGAAUGCGAGAAGGACACGCGAAAAGUUUCAUCGCCUUGCAGAUCCGCUUUGCUGUCGUCGUUGUGCUCAACUUAGUGUGCUGGGUGCCUCCUUGUGGUUUCUACUGGGAUUCUUACUUCAACAAUCGCAACGUGUUUAGAGGAACUUUUGAUCCUGAAGCACCAGAGCCUGCUUUCAUUUUUGUUAUUAUUGUGAGCGCUGCUAAUCCAAUAAUUUACACUGUGUCGUGUGGUCCGUGCACGCAGUUAUUCAAGCGUUUGUUCAAUUUCACUCGUCGUUCUGAAAACGAAGAACAGCAGCUGCUAAUGCACUAG